GAUUGAGUGCUUUCAGCUUGAUUAGCUGAGCUCCUCUUCUUGCCAUCCGCCUGCUGUGGCGGAUGUUUUUGUCCCGUAUCUGUCUCCUGAGACAUGGACACCACGAUGUUUCAGCUGCGGUCCUUCGUCCACCAGCGGCUGUACACAGCGGCGGAGGAGAUCCUCGGGGAGGUGGAGAAAACCAUCACGUUAGCUUUGUACGAAGCCGAAGUGAGUCGAUCUAAAGGGGAGGUGGACAGUCUGCGACACCAGCUGGACCUCCUGCGAAAGACAUCAGCUGGAAAGCCUUCACUGACCAGCAGCGCAGCAGAGCAUGAAGACGAGUGUGAUGCCCUGCUGCUGCAGGAGACCCCAGUACCUUCAACACAGCAGGAGUCUAACUUCAGUCUGAGCACCACAGGCCCGGGACCCUCUCAAACCAGCGCAGACGUGGACAAUAAUAUCUGGAGUUACUGCUCGGUUGACUUCAAGACGUCCAGAAUAAAAGAAGAGCAGGAGGAACUUGGGGAUGACAGUCAAACACAGGAGGUUGUUUUUCCUGAAAUUGUGAAAAGCGAGCAAUAUCAGCCAGAGACACAAGCGUUGUACGAAACGCAGCCGGCGUCUUCAGACUGCUCUGCAGCCCUGAGGGAGGACAGUGAGGAAGAUGAGGAGGUGGUGAACAGCAAAGGAGACCAGGCCAAAGCGACAAGAGAGAAAGGAAAGAAGGGCCAGGCAGCGUUGCUGUGUGACAAAUCUAAAAAUGAAAAGGGUUUUUGCCACUUGUGCGGCAAGGGAUUCCAGUACAUCGGCUCUUUGAUGAAGCACAUAAAAACACACGAGAACCGGAGCGACUGCACUGUUUGUGGGAUGACGUGCCAGUCGACAAAAGAGCUGAUAACCCAUUUAAAAGGUUGUCACAACAAGACGGAUUUUUGUGACAUUUGUGGCAAGACGUUUGCCAAUAACCGCUGUCUCCGGCUGCACGAGCGAAUACACACGGGCGUCAAGGAGUUCAUGUGUCAAGAAUGUGGCAAAACGUUUUACCGCCGAGAGCAUCUGACCGUGCACGUGAGGACCCAUUCUGGGGAGAAACCAUAUCACUGUGACAUCUGCGGGAAGGCGUUCAGUCAGAGCCAGAACCUUACGAUUCAUAAGAGGAGUCACUCGGGGGAGAGGCCGUAUCAUUGCGGCUUGUGUGGCAAACUUUUUAACACUAGCAGUCACCUGAAAACACACAUGAGGUACCACUCAGGAGAGAAGCCGUACCCGUGUGAUAUCUGCGGUAAACGCUUUCGCCAAAGCGGGCAGAUGACUCGACACAGGACCACCCACACAGGAGAGAGGCCGUACGCCUGCCACGUCUGCGGUAUGAGAUACAGGUUCGCUCCUAAUCUCAAGAUGCACCUGCAGACUCAUGAGAAGGCGGCCGCAGAGUGACGUCAGCCACGCGGGUCAUCUCUGACCUUGAACGCGAGUUAGAGCGUGUGGCGUAACUCACCUGUCGGCCAUUCGUGACUGCAUCUCAUGUGUGCUUAGAUCGCUGCCAGCCGCUCCAGAAAGCAUAGCCUUCGGUUUGAUUUUGUACACGUCAGCACACAUUGAUUUACUUGAAAUAAGUCAUCUUGCCAUGAACAUUGACGUUGUCAUGGAAAUUUGCUGAAACUUUCAAGUUGGUCCACCUGUUUUCAGUUACCGCGGCUGCCUGGACUUCUGUUCAGGAGUUACAGGCCAUCGUGUCAUGAAUCAGCAUGAACUUAUAAGAGUGAUUAACAUGAAAGCUCUAAUUCUAUAGAGAUCCACAGCUGCAGGUGCAGCCAUGCUGGAUUUCUCCACUUAUUUCUUAGAGGAACAGGCCACCAGGUGACCCUGCCUCCUUCACGCACUGCAGAGCUCAGUCUGACUGAGCUGCUGCCUGCCUGUAGCGCUUCAUGGUGUAAAAUGUUUUAUUAAAAUCUGUAUAACACUCGCUCCAGCACUUUAUCUUUACAA